GCCAGCGGCGCGGGGCGGGGCCGGGCGGUCGGCGGCACGGCGGACUCGGUUUCCCAGCGUGCCCGCGGGGAGGGGGUGGCAUGGCGGGCAAGGAUGACACCGGAGUUCGACGAAGAAGUGGUGUUUGAGAAUUCCCCACUGUACCAAUAUCUGCAGGAUUUGGGACACACAGAUUUUGAAGUAUGUUCCUCAGUGUCACAGAAGGCAGAGCAAUGUGCAGCAGCAGAAAGCCAAAGGGAGCAGACUGUGCAUGCUGCCCAGAAGCAAGGCAUCCUGUCAAAACUAGUUGAGUUUUUUAGAAGCUGGUUUCCUUUUCUACAGUAUAAGAAAAACAAUGACAUACUUCACCGACUGGAUGUUGGAUUUCGAUUUGACACGCUCCGUACCAUCCUGCAACAGGAAGUUCUGCUGCAGGAGGAUGUGGAACUGAUUGAAUUCCUUGACCCCAGUAUCCUGUCUGCAGGGCAGUGUAAGCAACAGGAAAACAGACAACUUCCAACGCUACGCUCCCUAGCAACUCCUAAUAUUUGGGAUGUCUCGCUGUUCCUUGCCUUUGUAAGUGCACUGCUUAUGUUUCCUUCGUGGUGGAAGGAAUCAUCAUGGCUGCUGUGCGGACCGGUGCUGCUCCUCUAUGCCGUCUUUAGAGCGUGGGGCACGUGGAGGACAGCCAAGCUGCAAAUGUCCCUGCGAAAAUACUGUCUCCAGCUGGAAGAAACAGUGGCAAAUAGCCGAGCCUUUACUAAUCUCGUGAGGAAAGCUCUACGACUCAUUCAAGAGACUGAAGUGAUUUCCAGAGGAUUUACCCUUUUGCUUGACAGGGUCAGUGCCGCUUGCCCAUUUAAUAAAGCUGGACAGCAUCCUAGUCAGCACCUGAUUGGCCUCCGGAAAGCCGUGUAUCGCUCCGUCAGAGCCAACUUCCGAGCUGCAAGACUGGCUACUCUGUACAUGCUGAAAAAUUACCCUCUGAACUCGGAGAGUGACAACGUGACCAGCUACAUCUGUGUGGUUCCCUUUAAGGAGCUGGGUUUGGGACUGAGUGAAGAGCAGGUCUCCGAAGAGGAGGCACACAAUCUGACUGAUGGCUUCAGCUUGCCUGCACUCAAGGUCCUCUUUCAGCUCUGGGUAGGGCAGAGUUCAGAAUUUUUCAGGAGGCUGGCGCUGCUGCUCUCCCCAGCCAACGCAUCCCCCAAGCCCUUGGUGUCGCCGGAGCGGCUGCCUCACCACAUCCUGCGCGACGUGACCCAGGGCCUACCUCACACCCACGCUGCCUGCUUGGAGGAGCUCAAGAGGAGCUACGAGUUCUAUCGCUACUUCGAAACUCAGCAUCAGUCGGGCUUGGAAUGGCCAGCCAGGACCAAGCAGGAGUCCAGAGAGCUCAGCAGUCUCCAGACAGCGGUACGCAGCUUGCAGCUUCACCUCAAGGCACUGCUCAAUGAGGUAAUAAUUCUUGAGGAUGAACUUGAAAAGCUUGUUAGCACUAAGGAGACACCCGAGUUGACAACAGAAGCCCGUCAGGUUCUGGAACAAAAACUAAAGUUUAUUCAGCCUCAUAUCCAGGCAAGCAACAGCUGCUGGGAAGAAGCCAUUUCUCAGGUGGAAAAAAUAAAUGGAAGAAACCCAAGUAAAAAAGGCAAAAUUGAAGUUUCCUGUGACAACCUACAGCAUACUACAGUACCUUUAACACAGCCUGCCAUAUACAUAGAAAACAAAGAUCCAAUCCCUGAAGAGCAGGAACUGGAAGCAUAUGUUGAUUAUUCAGAUACAGAUAAUGAGUACAAAAGGGAAGAUUUUUACUGCUUCUCCCAAGAAGAAAGAGAGAGGCAAGAGCGAGAGAGACAGGAAUCUAAGAGGGUGUUACAAGAAUUGAAAUCUGUACUGGGAUUCAAAGCUUCAGAAAUUGAAAGACAGAAGUGGAAACAGCUACUAUUCAGUGAACAUGCUGCAGUGAAACCCUUGUCUCCUGUAGAACCAUUGAAGCUACUAAAUAAUGUGGAAUCACAUAUGAAUUCAGAUACAGAAAAGCAGGACUGCAGCCAAAGUUGUGAUAAAUCUGAAGAAAACGAUUCUAAUCCAGAAGUGAAUACUGCUGAUAAAAGCAGGACAGAAUAUUUGUAUGAAGAUCCUGAGAUGGAGAAAAACAAAGACAGUACUGCAGCUAAAGAUGUUUCUACAGGGGCAGAAGAAAGAAUGUACUAUCACUGUGAAGGGGAUGCUGAAGAACUCAAACCGAGCAGUGUGGAUGGAGUAGAGGCUUCACAGCCUCCCUCUAAGGAUAUAUUACAUUCAAAAAUCAAGGAAAGGCUGGCCCAGCUCCACAUAUCAACAGAUUUUAACUUCACAUCUGGUCUGGCUGCACAAGUUGCUGCCAGGUCUUUCGCUUUUACUACAAUGCAGGAAGAGACUUUUGGAGAUGAUGGGGAGGAGGAGGAAGAAAAGACACAGGAGAAUGAAGACCUUGUGGAGAACUGUGAAAAUGAAGAGAGAGGCUCUGAAAGUGAAGGAAAAGUAUAAGUCUGAGCUUUUUAUUAAACCAACUUUAUUAAACCAACAGCAGGCAGUUUGAUGGAAAAAAAAAAACUAAGGUGGGGGUUGAAGCUGAAAAUACUGGAUGGAAAAAAGGAGACCUAAAUAUAAUACAUCGUGUUCCAUAAGACUGAUACACUAAAUAGGACUUCUAAAUAUAUUGAAAUUUUGCAGGUAAGAGAAGUUUAGGCUGCAUCCAAAAAAGAGAUGGCUGGUCCCUUUUUAAGAUCCUAGUGAGGGGGGUUAGAAUUUACCUUUGUGUUUUCUGUUUUAUUUAUUUAUAUUAUAGUUUCUUGUUUCUAAAAAGAAGGAAAAAUGUUUUGAUUUACAACAGACUCCAUUUUUUUUUCUCUCUGAUUCUUUUGUCAUGGUAUCAGUGUUUGUUCCAACAAAAAAAAGCCAGGACAUUUCUUUUGGAAGAACCUGAACUGUUCCCUGUGAUCUUCCCCCACCACUUUUGUUUCACUUCUUGUGUCUGCAGUGUGUUGGCUAAGCCACGAUAGGCAUUUGUGAUUCUGCGACUAGUGAUGUGGCACCCAGCUAAAAUGUAGAAUUUUAAAUAAAAACCUGAAAGAGCUAGUAUUUGAUGUCUCCUGGGGUAUGGGGCUGAAAUAGUAUAAAGUUCAUCAUGCUUCAUAUUAAAGUUUAUUUAGAAUUUUAUGAAGGGUUAAUAAAUUAUUUCUAUCAGUUGUAAUUCAUGUUAGAGAAAUGUGUUGUUAGUAAAUUUUAGGGAAGGUUAUAAGCACACCAGUAAGUACUAUAGACAUCUAGAACCUAUCUGUUGGAUUGACAGAGAUGAGAACACCUAUUUAUUAAGCCAGCUAUUAAUUGUUUGUUAACCUUUUGUAAACUGAACCUUAAUGUAAUUGUUUGAUUUGAUAUAAUGAUCAAUUGUACAUUUUUGCUUAUGUCCUGAAGUAAUUUUCGUAAAGGAAAUUAUCUGAGAGCUUAACAACAUGCUGCAUUUUGUUUGAACACCAUAGUUGCUUUUCACUAAUGUUCUUUCACUUUUCCUUAGAUCGUGACUUUAACCUGUGGGAUUAAGAAUCCAUGAAAGAACUACAGUUGUGUGUUUUGUUUCUUGUAACUUAGUUAACUGAUGAUGAAGUCUGGAUGUCUGGUAUGAGGUCAUGCGAAUUCCUUUUUUAUCUCUGGUGGUGUUACAAGGAGCAGGAAACUGAUGCUCACCUCACAGAGGAGCUGCUUAAUGGUUUCAUUGCCCUCUCUUCCUUUUGCUCUCUGACACAAAAUGAAGCAAAGCUCCCGUGUCUCUAAUGGCGAGAGCAUCACUUCCUUGUGUAGAAUACUCUACUUGGACCCAGAUACACUUCCAGGACAAAACACUGCAGCAGUUACUUAGAGUAUGUAUUGGGUUUUGCAGAUUCUAUAGAGUAAAGAGUUUUUUUAGAUGCUGGUGGUGCAGAGCAAAAUCUUUCCUAGGUUGGUGUUGUGGAAAGUGGGGAAGGUAACGCAGGUCAGCAGAUUAGGAUGGAACUCUUGACGGUAUGUCAGAAAACAAGUGUUCUCUUUCAAUUCCCUGGCCUGUAUUAGCGAUUUUGCAUGAACACUGUGAAAUAUGUGGACUUUUUCACAGAUGGUAAAGAGGUAAAUAUCAAUUAAUAGAGAAGAGAAUAUGACUUACAGUGUUCUUUCACUGUAUAAUGCCUGUCCUCUCCUUCACACACAG